AUGGUAGCUGAUCAAAAUCUGUAUAUGCAGUAUACAUACCAACUUCUGCUGAACGGUUGUCGGCUUUCCUUUUACGAACCGAUUCGCAAAAGUCUCACCACCUCUUUCUACGAUGACCCCAAAACGCAAUCAAUGGCUAUCAAUGUUUUCUCCGGAGCUACUUCCGGAGUUAUCGGUGCUGCUGUUGCCUCCCCUUUUUUCCUGGUUAAGACAAGGCUGCAGUCUUACUCUCCAAUUCUUCCAGUUGGCACACAACACAAUUACAAAGGCUCAACGGAUGGGUUACGAAAGAUCUUCGCUAGCGAAGGAGUACCUGGACUAUACCGUGGCGCCAUGGCCUCCAUGAUCCGAACUGGUUUCGGUAGCUCUGUUCAACUACCUACAUACUUUUUCGCCAAGCGAAACUUGAUACGCCAUCUCGGAAUGGAAGAGGGGCUCCCACUUCACCUUACCAGCAGUGCUGCCAGUGGUGUUGUUGUUUGUAUUGCCAUGCACCCUCCAGACACUAUCAUGUCCAGAAUGUACAAUCAAAGCGGCAACCUUUACAAUGGCGUCUUUGACUGUGUCAAGAAGACAAUCAAGGCUGAAGGUCUGUUCGCCAUUUACAAGGGUGUCUCGGCUCAUCUGGCCCGUGUAGUCCCUCAUACGGUUUUGACACUUACAUUCAUGGAACAAUGUACUAAGAUCAUGCGCAAAGCCGAAGAUACAUUCCUACCAGAAUCCGUGAAGGCUUGGAUAUAA